AUGAAACUCGUUUAUAUAACUGGUUGGCUACUUGCAUGUGUUGUGAUCUAUAGUCAACAAGCUGCUAUUUCAUCGUCAUCAUCCUUGAAUGAGCAAUUCGAUUUUCCUAAGCGUCGUAUCGAUGCGCAUGCCCGUACAUCUAUUCCUCUUUUUCGUGGAUCAAAUUUAGGUAUUUUCGUACGCAAACGGCCCAUGUCUCUCUUGCCUGAACGAUCAGUAACUCAAAGAGAUAUUCGACCAGCAUCAAGUGAUGAAGAAAAUAUUUUGGCCGAAUUAUUAUACAAUAGCGACCAUCAACAACGACGUUUUGAUGACUAUUCAGAAAAUCCAGGUCCAAUGUUCGGCCGAUAA